UGAGCUCGGAGGUGGGCGGGUUCUCAGAAAGGGAGUCGCCUCUCCUGUAUCGUCCCGUCUGUCCUCUUAACGGCUGUUGGUGUUCACGUCUACAUGCAGCGGUUAUCAUGCAGGAACAUUUCGUAAAAAAAACCAGAUGUGGCUUUCCAUUUGGAGUCUCUGCUCCCACAUCCUCACAUUUCAAUGUUGCAUCUGCUCCGGCUGAAUCUGCUAUCGACAAGGUAGCGGCCACCAAAGAUUCCUCCAGCAUAGUUCCAGAUGUCAGUUCAACAGAGAGAAGGGAGAACAAUCAUUUGUUUACAUUCCCAGGAGCUUGGCCAAAUUUGGAAUCUCAAUGGAGAGACGUGGACAUUCAAGUCAACAAGUAUCUUAAAUUUGAAUCGAGGCAAAAGACGAGCCUGAUGAAGACCGUCAGCUCCUACAAACCAAGCAGUGGCGAGGUGACUCAGGCUCAGGUUCUCCUCCUGGGUCCGGUCGGUUCUGGAAAGUCCAGCUUCAUCAGUUCAGUCCAGUCGGUGUUUAAUGGAAGAGUCACCAACCGAGCCAUGGUGGGCUCCUCCUCCACCAGCUUCACCAAGAAGCUGCAGUCCUUCAACAUCCACGGUCAGAGUGGAGAGGAUCCUACUGGACUGGUAUUGUGCGAUAUGGUGGGCCUGGGAGGUGGAGAGAUGACCGGACCGACCCUCCAUGACAUCAUGUCCGUCAUUAAAGGUCAUGCACCUGAGGGACACAAGCGCCACCAUGAGUUUAGCCCAGAUCAGCCAGUGAGGUCAGAGACUGUGGGCUAUGUGAAGAGGCCAAGCCUCAAAGACAAGAUCCACUGUGUGGCCUUUGUGGUGGAUGCUUCUAAAAUCCUGACCUACCCUAAAGGCCUCAACACCACCUUCCAGCAGCUCCGGGAGCACAUCAGUGACCUGGGUGUUCACCAGGUGGCUCUGCUGACCCACAUUGACCAAAUUUGUUCAGAAACAUACAAAGAUGUCACCCAGGUUUACAAGACCCGCAUCAUUCGGGACAUGAUGGGUAAAGCUGCAACUCUGUUGGGUAUGUCCACCUCCUACAUCAUCCCGGUGAGGAACUACUCAUCAGAGCUGGACCUGGAUGUGAACACUGAUGUGCUUCUGCUUACUGCCGUCGACCACAUACUGCAGUAUGCUGACCUGUAUUUCCAGGACAAUACACGCCAAAACACGGGGCCAAAGAUAGACUAAAACAUUCAUUUGUUUCGAAAAGUCAUCAUUCACAUUUAAUUAAUUGUUAAAUCACAACAGUUAAAAAGCAACCUCAGGGAUAAGGGGUUUUGUGUACAGGAUUUGAUCAAAGCUACAGUUAAAUCCCAAGGAAUGUUACACAUAGUGGCUUCAAACUACCUUGUAAACCUUUACUCUCUUAUUAUGUCUUUUACAAAAUUAUAAUGGCAAAAAUGUUAUAAUUGAGAAUAAAACCAGAACUUUGAUAUCUUA